AUGGAUGAUAUUAAACAAGAGCCAACAACGCGGCUUGACCUAUUUGGCAGCAGUCCGGCAAAAACUCCUCCAAUCGUGGAGAAAAUACGCGAGGAAAACAAUAGCCGCUCAGCUCUCAAGGAGAAAACGGUAAACAUCCAGGCAAUACUAAAGAAGCCUACACCAGUGGAUGAACAAAGGGACCAAAAGGCCUCUAAACGCUUUCAGAACCAUGAGUCUCCAAGCAUAUCCGCACCAACAAGCGCCAUAAAAGAACACAAGCAGCCAGUUGUCAAGGCGGAGCCGUCUUCCAUUUCCCUCACCCAUCCAGCUCCGACUUUUGAACAGGACCUCGCGCAGUCGCCUACAGCCAAAAAGCAAAAGAGGGCUCAGACCCCAAGCUCAAUCCCACUUUUGAAGCAGGAGGUCGCUCCUCUGACACCGAACAUGCCGCCUGCCCGCAAACAGACAAAAGAGAACUCAAAGGCAAAGACAUCAGCACGUGUGCUAUCCAGCGACCCCGGCCCAUACAAGCCCGUGGUUUCUGCACUGCACGAAGUGAACCCCAACGUCGAGACGCGCGAAUACUACUGCGAGGUCUUUCAGGAGGUUCAAAACAAUACUGAACGCAGCGCCUGCGUCGAUUUCGCCAAGAUGGACUUGAAGUCGUGGAUCAGUGCGGGUCAGGUUUUACAGCAAGAGCAUGCCGCCAUCCUAGGCCGACUCGUGGAAGCGCGCAUGCGGCUAAACAGCAAAUUCAAGGUAAUUACAGACUUGAUCAACGACCGCGCCGCCGCUCUCAACGCGCAGGGAGGCAUCUUGGACCAGAAGCUGCGCAGAAUACAAGAUCUUGGAAAGGAAAUCCUCGACAUAAUCUAA